AAGCACGUUUAGUUCUCUUUACCGAUAUGUUUUAAGAAGGCAUAAUACAAAAUUCUAAAUAUAAUCAAAUGGAACGUUUCCCAAAAAUCGCCGCGCUCAGUUUGAGGAACGGCUUCCAAGUGCUCUGUGCCAAUGUGAGGCUCAGCGCAGUGAGAUAUCUGAAAAGUAUCGAAUUUCAUGAGCAGAAUUGUCCAACGAAGCAAGAGUCGUUCGGUCCUCGUUGCAAGGGUGAUAAGAAGGGCGCGAAGGGGGAGAAGGAGGGAGAGAAGAAGGGCGAGAAGAAGAGCAAGAAAAAGGACGACAAGAAGUUGGGGGCGAAGAGUCAGAAGAAGAAAGAUAGUCCGAAAGAUGGUCAGAAAGAUCCCUGCAAAAAAAAAUGAGCUGUAUUUGUAUUGCGUUUCGGAACGAAGAAUUUUCUAAUUUUUAAGAAACUGACCAAAUAGAGGCGCCCAGUCAAAUCGUAUCACAUAAUAGAGCAACAUGAAUCACUUAUAUAGUGUUUUGCUCACUGGAUAGCAGAAAACACGGAGAUCAUAAAACGCAACGCUCUAGACAUUAUAAAGCCAUAAAGCAACGAGUCAGAUCCAAGCCAAAAUAGCUGGCCAGCGGGGAGCUAACACGAAGAGUAAAGAAUGAAAACCAUAAAGAGUGAUAAAAUAAAGACUGUGUAGUUGCAUGAAU